GGGCGGAGCCACCGGUAUUCACUUCCUGGAUGUGCUCUGUUGCCAACACUGGUGCACAAUGAAAAUGCUCACUUUACUGAUUUUAUUGUCAACGGUCCUGUCAGCUGGCAGUAUUAACAUCGACGAUAACGCAGGGCGAUUCUUCAACAGUGGUCAUACUAACAACUGGGCUGUACUGGUGUGUACAUCCAGGUUCUGGUUCAACUACCGUCAUGUGGCUAAUACUCUGUCUGUAUACAGAAGUGUCAAGAGGCUGGGCAUCCCUGACAGCCACAUAGUGCUGAUGCUGGCUGAUGACAUGGCAUGUAACCACAGAAACCCCAAACCUGCCACGGUUUUUAGCCACAAGAACAUGGAGCUAAAUGUUUAUGGUGAUGAUGUGGAGGUGGACUACAGAGGAUAUGAGGUAACAGUGGAGAACUUCCUGCGAGUUUUGACUGGAAGGCUUCCACCAAGUACUCCACGAUCCAAACGUCUUCUCUCUGAUGACAGGAGCAACAUCCUUAUAUACUUGACAGGUCAUGGCGGGAAUGGUUUUCUGAAGUUCCAGGACUCUGAGGAGAUCAGUAAUGUUGAACUGGCUGAUGCGUUUGAGCAAAUGUGGCAGAAAAGAAGAUACAAUGAGCUGCUCUUCAUCAUUGACACAUGCCAGGGCGCCUCCAUGUACGAGAGAUUCUACUCUCCAAAUCUUAUGGCUUUGGCCAGCAGUCAAGUUGGAGAGGACUCCCUCUCGCACCAGCCAGAUUUGGCCAUAGGGGUCCAUCUGAUGGACCGUUACACAUUCUACCUGCUGGAGUUCCUGGAAGACAUCCAUCCUGCGAGUAAAACCAACAUGAAUGACCUGUUCAAGGUGUGUCCCAAAAGUCAAUGUGUGUCCACUCCAGGCCACCGUACCGACCUGUUCCAGAGGGACCCGGGAAGUGUCCUGGUCACGGAUUUCUUUGGUAGCGUUCGCAAAGUGGAGAUCACCAUGGAAACCAUCAACAUGACUAGUCCCAUCAUGCACUCGAAUGAUAAUGUUGCAAAUGGAGAGCUGCAAAAAGAAACUUACUCAUACUCAGACCAGCUGCCGGUGUCUGAAAUCAUCCAUCAGAAACCAAAGCAGAAAGACUGGCACCCUCCUGAUGGCUUCAUCCUGGGCCUGUGGACUCUAAUCCUCCUGGUGUUUUUCAAGACGUACGGCAUCAAACACCUCAAACACAUCUUCUGAGGCCUUUUAAGGCAUUUACGCUGCUGGAAAUCUGAAGACAUGACGCUGCAGACCAGGAGCUGUUGCUAGAGGGGAGGAAGGUUCGGUUUGUGACAGGCUUGUUUACCUGAAAAA